AAUUCAAAAGGAGAAAGAAAUAAAGGCCAAAAACAAACAGCUUUCCUUCAGCUUCUACUUGAACGCUCUCUUCAAUGUCAUCUCUCUAACAAAAAAACAAAUCAGAGAAUGUCUUGGCUUUUCAAAUCACUCCAAUCCAACGAUCCAGAUUUAUCAUCAUCUUCAUCAGGAGAAGGAAGCCCCGCCAAUCGCGGCGGUGGAGUAAAAGAAGACUUGACAGUAAUCAGCGACUCAAUCGGCCGGCAACUACGCGGCGUCGCCAGUUUCCUGGCUCCUUCUCCUCCUGCUUCUCCUUCCACGUCAUCAACAGCAACAACCGAGACUGACAAAUCACGGCAGUCGUCCGAUUACGCUGAUUUACAGUCGCAAGGAGGUCUGAUAGGCAUUCGAAAUGAUUUAUCGGAAAUAGGAGGCAGCUUGAGAACUGGACUCUCUAAAUUCACUUCUAAUUUCUUGCAAUUUCAAACUAGUGAUAAUCAAGAAGGAAUUGACGACGACGACGACGACGUGGCAGGGAUUACUGACGAGGUUAUUGAUUUUGUUAAGGAGAUUUCUGUGAGGCCUGAGUGUUGGACUGAUUUCCCUUUAUCUCUUCCGCAUGAUUUCGAAAUGUCUGAUGCUCAAAAAGAACAUGCUUCAACUGUUGAACAUAUCGUUCCAAGUUUGAAGGCUCUUAGAGCUGACCUUCAUAGUGACCUUGGGGAUGAACAAUUUUGGAUGAUUUAUUUCAUAUUGUUGCUUCCAAGACUCAGUGAAUAUGAUUUUGAGGCGCUGUCGACUCCCCUGAUAGUUGAGACAAGAAAUAUACUUUUGCAGAAGCUGCAAAACAAGAGAAACUCAAUGUCGGAGACCUCUGAGAAUUCCUUCGCUGUUGAAACAUCUAAAGAGAGCAUCAAAGUUAGCGAGAAACAAGAAGAGAAUAUCCCAUCUCAGGAGAAAGAGGUCACUGAAAUUGUGAAGGCAACUGAAAGGUUAGAAAUCGCUGAUGAAAAAGAGAAUGCUGAUCAGUGGUUGAAAGAGACAGAUACCGAUGGAGAGAAUAAGAAGGUUGAACAUGAAGAGGAUGUGUCAUUUAGUGAUCUGGAGGAUGAUGACAAUGAGCUCUCAAGUAGACUAUCAGGCUCUAGGAAAGCACAAGAAAUUACUAGAGUUCCUUCAUCUAGUGAUUGGGUCCAGCUAAAUGAUUGCUCUGAUGCUCAGGGCGGUAGUCAAAAGGCAAGGCAGUCUAUUUCUCGUGAGAAAGAUUCAGAUGGUGAAUCCAAUGAAUGGCUUAAAGUUGACGACUUUGACUAGAGAAUCCACAGCCGUCAAUCUCCGAUUUAUUGUAAAGUUUCCAAAUAUUCUUUUUCAACUUUUAGUUUCUGUACUUGAGAAAUCAACGUGUUACAUAGGAACGCUUAUAACUAAUAAUUCAGACUCUGUAAAUAGGUAUAUAUAUAUCCUUUGAGUAAAAGGAAUUCUGGAAUACUCAAAAGUUGUUCUUAAAUGGCUAUUUCACCCUGUUUCUUUGUUUGUUA